AUGGUGGGACUAAAAACGAUGUCUUCCAAUCUGAACCCGGGGUCAAAGGCGGCUGGAGCGAACAGUCGGCCGACCAGCAAAGAUGGCUCCAAGAAGAAUAUUUGGUCUUCCCUAUUAGAUACUGUUGCCAACGGCAAGCGCUUACCAGAAAAGAACCUGCUGGUGCUAGGUGGCACGCCGGACAGUCAAAGGGAAUUCCUAGAUACUUUCUCCGCAGAUACGUCGGCAGACCCCAGCUUAGCGAACGACAAACGUAAAGGCAAAGGGAAAGCACCACCAAUUGCCAACCAGUUUGCGCUCGGGUACACAUAUCGCGAUGUCCUUGAUGCCGAUAAAGAGGAUACUCUGGCCCGCGUCUCGGCUUACCUUCUUUCCGAACCCUCUCCAUCAUUCGCGCCUCUCCUCAAACCCCUCCUGACUCCGAAGUCCGUUCCGGAAACGCUGGUUGUGAUCCUCAUGGACUGGUCAGACCCAUGGACAUGGGUUCGAAGACUAAGGGAAUGGACUCGUUUGCUACGUUCUGUGCUGGUUUCACUCGAUGAUGAGACCAAAUUGGUUAUGGAAGAGACCAUGACGGAGUGGCGCGAUCGGAAACGGGGAGUUGAUUCUAGUUCUGGGGCCACAGGAGGCAUCGCCUCAAGCAGCCCGGUCACAAUACCUUUAGGCCCCGGUGAAUGGGACGAAGGUCUCGGCAUCCCGAUGUGUGUUGUCUGCCAGGGCGCGGAUAAGAUCGAGAAGUUGGAGAAAGAUCAUGGGUGGCAUGAAGAGCAGUUUGACUUCGUUCUCCAAUUUCUCAGAACGAUUCUUUUGAAGCAUGGCGCGUCACUCAUCUAUACGACCCCGUUCCUUGCAAACUCGCUCCAAGGCUUGAUCCAUUCUUCCCUGGGCAUACACUCUCUUUUGAAAAGAGAAUCAUUAAAACAUAAUGUGAUCGACCGAGAUAAGAUCCUAGUGCCAGCUAAUUGGGACUCGUGGGGUAAGAUCCGAAUCAUUCGUGAAGGAUUUGACAUGGAAGGGGUCUCGACGGCUUGGUCAAUCGAAAUUCAGGACCCUCCCGAGCCGAUCCAUCAAUCCACGGAUGGCAGUCAGCAGAACGAGAACGGUUUAGCAGAAGAAGGCACAAGUGCCGUGACCAUGUUCGAACAGACAAUCAUCGACCCCAAACGCGGCACAGCCAAUCCCCACGGCUCCACGACUAAGAUCGAAAUUGAGACAUCCGAUCUCCAGGACUUCUUCGCCGCCCAAGUGGAGAAACUGGAAGAGCUCAGGGCUAAGGACGAAAAGGAGAACCUGAACCAGCCAACCCCACAACUGGAAAUGUCUCCCAUGGCCGAUGAAGGCAAAGUCAACGACCACAUCGGCCCUGUACAGUUCAACAUGGGUGGAAUCCAAGUGGAUGCCGACGAUAUGUUGAAAAAGCUUCGGGACCGAGAGGCUAGCCGAAGCCAAAAGAAAGAGAGUCCAUAUGCAGGCACCGGCGGCAAUGACGAGAAAGCGCACAAUCAAGCCCUGGCAAAUUUCUUUGCUGGUCUCGUCAAGAAACCUGGGUCUAGUCCCCGUGGAAGCCCUUCGGCUUGA